GAGGGAGAUGGGAACUUCGGUGCAGGUGACUCCGGUGUGCGGAGUGUACAACGAGAACCCGCUGUCGUACUUAGUUUCCAUAGACGAUUUCAACUUCCUCAUCGACUGUGGUUGGAACGACCUCUUCGACCCCUCUCUCCUUCAACCCCUCUCCAAAAUAGCAUCAACAAUAGAUGCCGUCUUGCUUUCAUAUCCGGAUACACUUCACCUUGGUGCUUUGCCGUAUGCCAUGAAACAGCUUGGACUCUCCGCUCCGGUUUAUUCUACUGAGCCUGUUUACAGAUUGGGCCUCCUCACAAUGUACGAUCAGUAUCUCGCGCGGAAGCAAGUGUCGGAGUUCGAUCUGUUUACUUUAGAUGAUAUUGAUUCUGCCUUCCAAAUGGUGACCAGACUAACCUACUCUCAGAAUCAUCAUCUCUCCGGCAAAGGGGACGGGAUUGUGAUUGCACCCCAUGUGGCUGGGCAUCUGUUGGGAGGUACUGUAUGGAAGAUAACAAAGGAUGGUGAAGAUGUUAUAUAUGCUGUUGACUUAAACCAUCGCAAAGAAAGGCAUUUGAAUGGAACUGUUCUAGCAUCUUUUGUGCGGCCUGCCGUUCUAAUAACAGAUGCCUAUAAUGCUCUAAACAAUCAGCCAUAUAGACGUGGUGAAAAGGAGAAUGAGUUUGGAGAAACUAUAAAGAAAACACUAGGUGCUGGUGGAAAUGUAUUACUACCUGUUGAUACCGCUGGGAGAGUCUUGGAACUUAUUCUAAUAUUAGAACAGUAUUGGGCGGAUAAAAGUUUGAACUAUCCCAUAUUCUUUCUUACAUAUGUUGCGUCUAGCACAAUCGAUUAUGUCAAGAGUUUCCUUGAGUGGAUGAGUGAUUCGAUUGCAAAAUCUUUUGAACAAAAUCGUGAAAAUCCCUUUCAUCUAAAGCAUGUCACACUUUUAAUUAACAAGACUGAACUUGAUAAUGCUCCAGAUGGUCCGAAGGUUGUUAUUGCAUCCAUGGCCAGUUUGGAAGUGGGUUUUUCUCAUGAUAUUUUUGUUGAAUGGGCGUCUGAUACCAAGAAUCUUGUGCUUUUUACUGACAGAGGCCAGUUUGCCACAUUAGCUCGUAUACUCCAGGCAGAUCCACCUCCAAAAGCUGUUAAAGUCAUCAUGUCCAAGAGGGUUCCUUUAGUUGGAGAGGAGCUAAUUGCUUAUGAAGAAGAGCAGAACCGAAUAAAAAAGGAAGAAACAUUAAAAGCUGCUCUCAUCAAGGAGGAGUCAAAAGCAUCUCAUGGGGCUGAUGUUAAUGUGAGCGAUCCAAUGGUCAUUGAUGUUAGUAAAGCUCAUUCUUCGCCAGAUGUGGCUGCUCCACAUGGCGGUAAAUACCGGGACAUAUUAACUGAUGGAUUUGUUCCUUCAUCCACCAGUGUUGCCCCAAUGUUUCCUUUUUAUGAAAAUGCUUCAGAGUGGGAUGAUUUUGGCGAAGUCAUAAAUCCUGAUGAUUAUGUUAUCAAGGACGAAGACAUGGACCAAGCAGGAAUGCACGUAGGUGGCAAUGCAGAUGGAAAAUUUGAUGAUGGAUCUGCCAGUUUGAUACUUGAUGCAAAACCUUCAAAAGUCGUUUCUAAUGAAUUAACAGUGCAAGUGAAGUGUUCAUUGAUUUACAUGGACUUUGAGGGCCGUUCCGAUGGGCGUUCUAUUAAAUCAAUUCUCUCCCAUGUGGCUCCCCUAAAGCUAGUUCUGGUGCAUGGAUCGGCCGAGGCCACAGAGCAUUUGAAGCAACACUGCUUGAAACACGUUUGCCCUCAUGUUUAUGCUCCCCAUAUUGAGAAAACAAUUGAUGUCACCUCUGAUUUGUGUGCUUACAAGGUACAACUUUCUGAGAGGCUGAUGAGUAAUGUGCUCUUUAAGAAGCUCGGAGAUUAUGAAAUAGCUUGGGUUGAUGCUGAAGUAGGGAAGACAGAGAAUGGCAUGCUGUCUUUACUUCCGUGUUCAAAGGCAGCACCAACACAUAGAUCUGUUCUUGUUGGUGAUCUAAAAAUGGCAGAUUUUAAGCAGUUUCUAGCCAGUAAGGGCAUCCAGGUUGAAUUUGCUGGUGGGGCUUUACGGUGUGGCGAGUAUGUGACCCUACGCAAGAUUGGGGAUGCGAGCCAGAAAGGUGGCGCUUCUGGUCCUCAGCAAAUUCUUAUUGAAGGCCCUUUGUGUGAGGAUUACUACAAGAUCCGGGACUAUCUGUGUUCACAGUUUUUUUUGCUUUAAAUCUUCUUUUCACAAUCUGUAAUCCCAUUUGGCCAACACUUGAUGAGAAAUUGGAGGUAGUUCCUGUAGGCGGAGAAUACUGACUUGCUAGUAAUUCUGCAAAAUGUAGUUUAGAGUUUAAAGGUACUUUUGUAAAUGUCUCGUGUUUGGUUGGCAUUCAUAUGCAUGGGAAACUGCUCUGAUAUUCCCUUUUUCCUUCUUUUUAAGUAUAUUACAUUUAUUUCCAAUUAUAUAUGUUA